AUGAUCGCUCCGCCUGUUCGCGUGGUGGUCGCGUGGUGCAAAUACUGCCUGCCGGUCACGGUGCCAUUGAAUGAACAGCAGGAUGAUGAAACCAUAGUCCCAGAAUGGCGUCUCGAUCCAUUACGUUAUUCAAGUUGGCACCGGCUUUGCCGAGUACAGGCAUGGGUAUACCGAUUCUUAGAGAACUCUCGGCGAAAAAGAGAGGAGCGUCAGACAGGGGAGUUGACGCCAGACGAGCUACAGCAAGUUCAGAAUAUCAUCAUUAGCGAAAGUCAGAAAAAAGCCUUCCCAGAAGAGUACCGGGCGAUGACAAAAGGAAAGCCAAUCGGAAAGUCAAGCAAAAUCCUCGGUCUUUUUCCAAGAAUAGACGAUGAAGGUGUCAUACGCUGUAAUGGCCGUCUCAAGCAUGCAGAAUUCUUGUCAUUUGACACCAGACACCCAGUCAUUCUACCACGAAAAGAUCACGUCACCAAGUUGAUUGUAAAAAGCUACCACGAGCAAGGUGGUCACAUCACAGGAGUAAACCAGACCUUGGCAGCUUUAUCAAGUCGAUUUUGGAUUGUUGCUGGGCGAGAAGAAAUUCGAGAUUGGGAAAGAGACUGCAAUGAAUGCGGACGGAGAAAAUGCAAAGUUGCAACUCAGAUAAUGGCUCCUCUACCCAAGACCAGAGUAAAGACAUCAGUUCGUGCAUUUACAAGAACCUCUGUGGACUUUGGAGGGCCAUUCAUCACAAAACAGCUGCGCGGAAGGGUACAGUCAAAGAGAUAUCUCUGUCUCUUCACUUGCAUGGCCUCACAGGCUGUGCACUUAGAAAUGGCCUACGGACUUGAUACUGACUCCUUUCUAAAUGCCUUUAAUCGCAUGGUAAACAGGCGCGGAGUUCCUGAAGAGGUCACAUCGGACAACGGUACCAAUUUUGUCGCUGGGAACAAGGAGCUGAACGACCUAGUAGAAAAUUUGGAUCAAGACAAGAUCAGCCGCGCAACAGCACGGAGGGGAGUCAAAUGGUACUUCAAUCCACCAUUGGGUCCUCACUUUGGAGGAGUGCAUGAAUCUCUCAUAAAAUCAGCAAAAAAGGCAAUCUACGCGGUCCUCGGAAAAGCUGACAUUAAUGAUGAGGAGUUAGCUACAGCCAUCUCAGGAGCCGAGGCCUUGCUGAAUUCCCGCCCUCUUACAUACCAGGCAGCAGACUCACAGGACACACCGCCGUUGACCCCAAAUCACUUUUUGUUUGGCCAGGUUGGGGGUCAGUUUGCCCCAGAAGCAGUGGACAGCAUCAAGUUCAAUCCGCGCAGAAGAUGGCGGGUAGUUCAGCAGCUGAUUAAGCAUGUCUGGGAGAGAUGGCUGAAGGAGUGGCUGCCAAUGUUGCACCCAAGAGCCAAAUGGAGGGAAGAAAUGAAGAAUCUUGAAUCAGGAGACCUGGUUGUGGUAGUUAGCCCAAAUACACCGAGGGGACAAUGGCCUCUGGGCAGGAUUUUGCAGGUCCUACCUGGCAAGGAUGAUCAUGUCCGCGUCGCAAAAGUCAAGAUUGGAGACAAUGAAUUCCUGAGGCCAAUUUCAAGGUUGUGCCCCCUUAGAUGUAAGCGCUAA